CAGUUACAAAAGAGACAUCACAACCACAGCCUUGACUCCUCUCCCCCUUCCCCUUAUCUCCUCUCUUUCAUCCUCUGAAGUCCCUUUUCUUAAAUCCAUAGCACCCACCUAAAUCUUCAUCCACUUCUCAUUUGAGGUGCCCCAAUGGAUUUCCACUCUGACAACAGUAACAAGCCCAGCUCUCAAUCCCACCACCCUCAGCCUUCCUCUUCAGAUCUCCUCUCCAGUGCCAAGGUGGUGGGUGAAGCUGCCAUGUCCGCCUUCCGCCAUGAGACUGAAAAGAUUGACAAGGCAAAGGUGUCCGACUCUGCUGCGGACUUGCUCGGUGCCGCCUCUCAUUAUGGAAAGCUUGAGGAGACGAGCUUCGGAAAGUACGUGGAGAAAGCUGAGAAUUAUCUCCACCAAUACCAUUCUUCCAAUUCACCCACUGGUGAGGUUCACUCUACUGCCUCCACAGUCCACGAUUCAGCUCACUCCACCCAUUCAUCCACUGCCACUAUGGAGCACCAUUCCACUUCAGCUCACUCGGGCGAAGAGGCUCAGUCAGGGGGUGGAUUAGGGGACUACAUGAAGAUGGCUGAGGGGUUCUUGAAGAAGCACUGAGUUCUUCCCUUGGGGUUCUUGUAUGAAUUAGUAUUGGUGUCAUGUAUAUGUUUAUGGUGUCUGUGUUUCAGGACUUUGUCUUGUUAUUGAUAUAUUUGCGGUUGUAUUUGCUUAGUCUUUUGGUUUUUCUUUAUCCCAUGAUGGGAGUAUGUCUUCUGUUUCAGGUUUAUGAAAGAAUGUUUUACAUAGUGGAACCCCUAAGUUUUUUGAGUACGGUGCAACUUC